CCUUACUUUAUCGAGUGAAUCCCAUAAUGAUUAGUGAAGUGCGCAUUCCUUUUCAAGAGGGCAACGAUACAGUUAUUUAGUAAUUUAGGUAACAUUUGCGGAGAUGUAAAUUGAUGUUCCUGGUCACUGUUUAAAACGAUGUUGUCAGUCAUCACAAAAUGUGAAUGCACCAAAAAUAGGUGAGUCGUUAAACAAAAGGAAACUUAUAGCAGGAAAAACGUGAAUUUCCAAAUUUUGGCUGCUUAUUUUCAUUCAAGAAGGCCAUUCGUCUAGUGUAAAAAUGGAAGAAAGGCUCAGGACUAAGGAAAUGCAAAACUGGCUAAAAUGUUGGAUAGCAACAUUCAAGAUACGUGAUGUUAUUGCACAAUUAGCCAAAGACGGAUUUGAAGCAUUUUACGACCAUAUACGCAGAGAUAUGAGUGCUAAACAUGGUAUAAAUGAAGCAGAUACAUGCAGUAGGCAUGCAGUAGGCAUGCAGUACAGUAGUAAAUGCAGCGAUCAGAGUAAAUGCCGCUUGUGUUUUGGAAUAUGUCAGUAUAUUUGGGACAACCAUCGUUUCAAAAAAGGAAACCUAAAAGGACCAUCAUGGAGCAAUACGGAUUAUACAAAGUGGUGCACAGACGCCUGGCAGCUAGCCAAGUGCUACAUGGCUGCUACAGGUUACAAAGACGUGCUUAGUGCUUAUACAACAGAUUUCAAUGGUAUUGUUGGUGCUUUGUAUAACUGUACAUGGAUGCAGAACUAUUUUACAGAUGAUCUGAGUCAGACCAAUAAUAUUUGCACAAAGGCACGGGAAAAGGUCAACAGUCUACGUCACAUACAUGACACUAUCAUAUCAGAUGUUGAAAUGAACGAAUUCUUUGACUGUCUUUUAGACCUUUUAAAUGAUCCUUCACACAUGAGUAGUUUUCAGCCGGCAGUGGAUGCGUGCAAUUACCUUAUCGAGAUUCAGCAAGAUAGUCUGCCACUAUCCAACCAAACGAUAAAAGAUACUAUGGCAAAAUUAUAUGAGAAACAAAAGGAAGACUUUCGUGGAUAUUUGAUCGCUUACUAUAGGAGGACGCUGAGUACCGUUCCAAUUUCACCUUUGUGGGAAGGACUUGACAAACCCAUUGUUGAUAUUUUUGUUACACCACUUUUAGUACAUAUAGACAUUGAGAAAGAUGGGUCCCGAAGAAAAACAGACGAUGCAGUUAAAGAUUACAAAAAUAUACUGUUCAAUGAUGAAAUAUUAAAUACUCGAGUGAUUAUGCAAGGAGAACCAGGGAUUGGAAAAACUACAUUGUUAGCUAAAUUUGUUCUCGACUGGUGCGAAGCAGUACAUCCAAAAAAGCCUGAGUACCACCCAUCUUUCCCUGAUGUCGAUACAUUGACAGAGUUCGGGUUUCUAUUCCACAUAGCACUGAGAGAUGCGGAAGGCCAGCGAGAGGUGGUAGAAAUGAUAAAAACACAAGUUAUUGACAGGAUAUACACGGCUUAUGAACGUGAUGAAAUAUUUACACUGUUGCAGACUAUUAUGAAACGAGAGAAGUGCAUCGUCGUUAUGGAUGGAUUGAACGAGUGGGUUGACCCAUUAAACAGGAUAGCAAUACCAGUAAUGGUUACUUCUCACACGCAAUGUGUAGCUUUAAUUUCAACACGACCCUGGAAAAUGACCGAUGAGCGUAUCAAGGUUUCUGAAAUUGACACAUUUCUAGAGGUAGACGGAAUAAUUGAACCAAAACAGCUUACUGAACAUAUAUUGAGAUGUUGUCAGACAGCCAAUAUAAAAACAUAUACUGAAUUUAUGAUAUAUGUAAAUGAUCGUUCAUUACAGCAUUUUAUUACUUCACCAUGGCUGCAUACGUUGUUGGUUGCUUUAUGGGUGGACGAUAAUCAAUUUUCUGGUUCAUUAUGUGAGCUUAACUGUAUUCUCAUGGAUCGUCUUUUCAAGAAGGCAAAUUCAAAAAAGGGAUACUUUAAAAAAGAGCAUCCAAUGCAUUGUUUAGCGCACACGAGCUAUAUUGAGCCACAGGUUGAUAUUAUCGAUGCGCUUGGAAAGGCGGCGUUCGAAUUCACUUUUUCAUCGACAAAAUCCUUUGUCUUUACCGAACGGGAAUUAAUGAAUUAUUUAUCCAGAGAACAAUUACAAUUUUGUCUACAAGCUGGAGUUCUAUCGGGAAAAUGCAGUUCCAUAUUAACAUUACAGAAUUCCCAAAUGUCAUUUCUUCAUGAGACAAUUCAGGAAUUUCUUUCUGCGUAUCACAUCGUUCAAGCAAAGAAGGACAUAAUACAAAUUAUACUGAGCAAAAAUAAGUAUAGCUUGUUAGAAUUGAGCCAGAUUAUAAUUUAUCUAUGUGGACUGAAUAUUGAGAUUGCUAAUAAAGCAAUAGAGAGUAUGUUUAAUCUAGAUUUGAUCAACGAAAUACGUGAAGGAAUAAGAAUCUACAUGAAAGGUGCUCAUGCAGUUAAAGCAUUAGUUUUUAAAAAAGACGAGCACAAAGGGGGAAAAAGGGUGACUUUGGAUUUUGUUGAAAUGGCGUAUGAUGGUCGAUGUCUAGCUUUAGUUGGUUUAUUCCAGCAAAUGAUAAUUUCUUGUUAUUAUGAGGCUACAAUUAGCGGGCACAAUGACAUAUGUCUGAAAUUCCGUGACUUCAUAUUCAACAAUAAUCUAAACAAUUUUGAAUCAAGCGUUCUUAAAACAGUUUUAAUGAAUAACAAAUCAAAUGUAAGAUCGCUUAUUUCAGAACAUAACGUACUGCAAAUGAACGAAAUUCUAACAAUCAUUCGAGCAUCUAUAGAUUGCAUCGAACGAAUAGAGAUGCCAGCGGCUCCGGAACUGUAUAACGCACUAUGCGGUUCAGAAAAUAUAGAAGAAUUAACUUUAACAGGAAAAUUCGAUGGGUCAUUGAUUUCGAAAGUGCUAUUAUCUAUGUCUAAAUUAACAUACUUGAACUUAAAAGAAAGUUAUUUGAAAGAACCCGUACGUAUUCCUGUAACAAUACAGCAUGUGUGUUUGUUUCAAAGUGAAAUUUCUCUUGACUUUCUCCAACAGUUGUUAGUACAAAUAUCCGCUCAAAACCACUCUUUCCAAUGUGAUUUGUACCAAGUAACUUUAAUCAAUUGCGAGGCCGCCGUCACAAUAUCAAACUUGUUGGAUUGCGAUAUGUCCAAUUUAACGUUAUGCGUGAACAAUGGUAGUAUAGAGCUGUACAACUUACUGCGAGGUACUACUUUAGGGAAAUUGAUGCUCGAAACAAGUGGUGACUUUGAAAUGGCAUUAGUCGUAAUUCCCACACUCAGUUGGCUAACCAAUUUGCGUUUAUGGGGAACAUUUACGGGACGGUGUUGUCUACGGAUUCCUGCUUCGUUUCCAUUUGUAGCUCUUGAGAAAGUCGAAUGUUCUACUGAGUGGCUGUGCAGCUUUUUAAUCACUUUAUCUUCUUCAUUAGGUGAUUAUUUAGCGUGUUGUCUUUCGGAUGUUUUAUUGCAGUCAACUGAAGGAACCUGUGAUGAAGCACAUGUACAAGGAACUGACUUGCGAUCUGAAAUAUUGUCAUGUGACAUGUCCAAUUUUUCUAUAUAUGUGUGCAAUGGCAGUGUUGAACUGUUUGAAAUAUUACGCGAUACAAGUAUAGGGACCCUGGGCCUGAUGACGGCUGAGUGUGCCUCAUUAGCAUCAGAUAUUCUCAACACGCUCAACAAGUUAGCAACACUUGAUUUGUGGGGGACCUAUACGGGUCAAUGUGAUCUCCAAAUGCCUGCUUCAUUGAAAAAUAUUCAUCUGCAGCAAGUCGAAUGUUCCAGUGAGUGGCUGUGCAGCUUGUUGCUUACGCUUUCUUCGUUAGAGCGUCCUUUAUCGUGUCAGCUGUUUGAUUUUGUAUUGCAGUCAAGUGCAGUUUCCGAUAUAAAUGCAUCUGAAUUGCGAACAAAAAUAUCGUCGCUUGACAUGUCAAAUAUCGAGGUUAUUGUGAAUAAUGUCAAUAUGGAACUGUUUGAAAUAUUAAGAGAUACAUCUAUAGGGAUUCUGGACCUGAGAACAGGUAAAUGUGUUGCAUUAGCAUCAAACAUUCUUCACACGCUCAACAGGUUAAGAAAGCUUUAUUUGUAUGGAAUGAAUAUGGGUCGUUGUGAUCUCCGGAUUCCUGCGUCAUUGCAAUACAUAAGACUAAAGAAAAUCGAAUGCCCUAGUGAGUUGAUCUGUAAUUUGUUGAUAACGCUCUCUACUAUGAAUAAUCCUGUACGGUUUGAGUUGGUCGAUGUUGUAUUGAAGUCAUGUGAAGAAGCCUGCGAAGGUUCAGAUAUACGCGCGUCUGACUUGCGAGCUCCAAUGUUGUCAAGCGACAUGUCAAAAAUAACGAUAAGGGUAGAAAAUGUCAGUACGGACUUGUUUGAAUUAUUUCGUGAUACAAGUAUUGGGAUUUUGGCAAUAACGGACUGUUAUUAUUCUCGAGCAUCAAAUAUUGUCCACACACUCAACAAGUUAACAAGACUUUGUUUGUCGGGCAAAAACAGUGGUCGAUAUGAUUUAAUUCUUCCUUGUUCAUUGCAAUGCAUAGUUCUUCAAAAAGUCAAAUGUUCAUCUGAGUGGCUGUUAAGUUUGUUCAUUACGCUUUUAUCGUUAGAGCGUCCUAUAUCUUGUCAGCUCGUGGAAUUUGUAUUGCAGUCAGGUGAAGAGGUCGGUAAUUCAGUUUCCGAAAUAUACCUAUCUGAAUUGCGAUCUGAAAUAUUAUCACGCGACAUGUCCAAUGUCGAGAUUGUUGUGAAAAAUGUCAAUAAAGAACUGUUUGAAAUCUUAAGAGAUACAUCUAUAGGAAUCCUGGACCUGAGAACAGCUGAAUGUGUUUCAUUUGCAUCUGACAUUCUCCACACGCUCAACAGGUUAACAACUAUUUAUAUGUGUGAGAUUGAUAUGGGUCGUAGUGAUCUCCGACUUCCUGCUUCAUUGAAAUAUAUUAGUCUCAAGGGACUCGAAUGCUCCAUCGACUUGCUCUGCAAUUUGUUGAUAACGCUGUCUACGAUACAUCAUCCUGUUAAGUUGGACUUAUUGAAUGUUGUAUUGCAGUCAGGUAAAGAAGUCUUCGAGGCAAGUGUAGAUAUAGUUGAUUCUGACUUGCGAGCUUCUAUGCUGUCAUGUGAUAUGUCCGCAAUCACGAUAUGGGUAGAAAAUGGCAGUAAAGACCUGUUUGAAAUAGUUCGUGAUACAAGUAUUGGGAUUCUGGUAAUAAAUGAAUGCAUUUUACAAGCAUCGCACAGUGUUCACACCCUAUGCCAUUUAACAAAACUUUCUUUAUUGGGUAACUAUACAGGUCGAUUUGAUCUUAAGCUGCCAGUUUCAUUGAAAUGUAUAAUUCUGCAGGAUGUCAAAUGUUCAACUGAAUGGUUGUGCAGUUUUUUGAUAACACUCUCUGCAUUGAAUUGUCCAGUGCGGUGUGAAUUGUUCGAUGUUGUAUUGCAGUCAUGUGAAGAAGCCUGCGUGGCAGGAACAGAUAUACGUGUAUCUGACUUGCGAGGUGAACUAUUGUCACGCGACAUGUCAAAAAUCACAAUAUGCGUAGAAAAUGGCACUUUAGACCUGUUUGACAUGUUUCGAUGUACGAGCAUAGGGAAUCUUGAACUAGUCAAAUGCGUUUCGAACGCAUCAAAUAUUGUUCACACUCUCAACCAUUUAACAAGUCUUUCUUUAUUGGGUAACCAUACAGGUCGGUUUGAUCUCAAGCUGCCCGUUUCAUUGCAAUGUAUACUUCUACAGAAAAUCAAAUGUUCAACUGAAUGGCUGUGCAGUUGUUUUAUAACUCUUUCCGCAUUGAAUCAUCCAGUGCGGUGUCUGUUGUUGGAUGUUGUAUUGUUGUCAUGUGACGAAACCUGCGGGCCGGGGUCAGAUGUACGUGUAUCGCAGUUGAGAACUGAAAUAUUGUCACUCGACAUGUCCAAAAUCACAGUUAACGUACAAAACGGCACUUCAGACCUGUUUGAAAUAUUCCGACGUUUAAGUAUAAGGGGCCUUGCAAUAUCUAAGUGCGUUUUGCAAGCAUCAGAUAUUGUUCACACGCUCAACAAGUUAACAAAACUUAUGAUAACGGGUAACUAUACAGGUCGAUGCAAUCUAAAGUUACCUAGUUCAUUGCAAUGUAUAGUUCUUCAGGAAGUCGAAUGUUCAUCUGAGUGGCUGUUCAGCUUGUUAAUUACGCUUUCUUCAUUACAACAUCCUAUAUCCUGUCAGCUGUUGGAUUUUGUUUUGCGCUCAAGUGAAGUAGUAUGUUGUGCAGGGUCAGAAAUACAUGUGUCUGAAUUGCAACCUGAAAUAUUAUCACGCGACAUGUCCAAUAUAGAGAUUAUUGUAAAAAAUGUCAAUAUGCAAUUAUUUGAAAUAUUAAGAGAUACAACUAUAGGAAUCUUGGACCUCAGAACGGCUGAAUGUUUUUUACUAGCAUCUGAUAUUCUUCACACGCUUAAUAGGUUGACAAAGCUUAUAGUGUGGGGGGCAUAUGCGGGCCGUUUUGAUCUACAGUUGCCCACUUCAUUGAACUAUAUGUGUCUGCAAGAUGUGGAAUGUUCCAGUGAGUGGCUGUGCAGCUUGUUGAUCAAGCUCUCUUCAUUUAAUCAUCAUUUGGAGUGUGCACUGUGGCAUGUCCAACUGCGGCCAAGUGGAGACGUCAGUUCCGAUAUUCGUGUAUCUGGCUUACGAUCUGAAAUGUUGAAAUGUGACAUGUCUAAUAUUACUAUAUUAUUUAAGUAUGGCAGUAUGGAUUUGUUUGACAUAUUAAUGCAUACAAACAUAAGGAUCCUGAUUCUAAUAACUGCUGAUUGUUUUGUGCAAAUGUCAUCAGUACUACCCACACUAUGCAAGUUAAAAAAGCUUUGUUUACAUGGAAAAUAUAUGGGACGUUGUGUUCUUAAGCUUCCUGCAUCAAUGAAAUGUGUAAGACUACAGAAUGUCAAAUGUUCUUCCGAGUGGCUCUGCAGCUUGUUGAUCACGCUCUCUUCAUUAGAUCAUCCCGUCAAGUGUGAAUUGAUGAAUGUUGUAGUGCAGGCAAAUGAAGAAGGUGAAGGUUCAGAUAAACAUGUAUCGGACUUGCGAAAUGAACUUUCUUCAAUAAGCAUGUCAAAUAUCAAGGUCUUUGUAACACAUGGGCGUAUAGAUGGGUUUGAAUUACUUCGUGAUUCAAAUACAGCCACAUUGUACCUGAAAGGAAUUGCUACUGGUUCAUUCACAGCAGACAUUCUUCACACUAUAAACAAAUUAACAAAACUUUAUUUACGAGGAAUCUAUACGGGUCUCCAGCUGCCAGCUUCAUUGCAAAGUAUAAGUCUUCUGAAAGUCGAAUGUGCAUCUGAGAGGCUUUGCAGACUGUUGAUAUCCAUUUUGACAUUAGGUCAUUCUGAAGAAUGUGAUCUUUUGGACCUAGUAUUAAAGUCAAGGGCAGAACUUUGUGGCACGGUUUCAGAUGUUUCAGAUGUAUCUGACCUGCGCUCAGAAAUAUUAAUUUGUGACAUGUCCAAUAUAAUAAUAUUUGUAAAAAAUGGCAGUGUUGAACUUUUUAAACAAUGUCGCGAUACAAAUAUAACGGUUCUGAAGAUGCGCACUAUUGACUUGGAAUCAUUUACUGCAGGGAUUCUCAACACGCUGAAUAAAUUAACAACACUUUACAUGUGGGGCACAUAUAGAGGACGAUGCUGUCUCAACCUUCAGGCCACAUUGAAAUGUUUAAGUCUCCAGGAAGUAGAAUGUUCUGCUGAGUGGCUGUGCAGUUUGUUAAUCAAGCUAUCUUCAUUUGAUCACCCUGUAGCUUGUGAGUUGUGGGAUGUUGUUCUGUUGUCAAAUGAAGAAACCAGUAAAGCCUAUACAAACAUGCCUGUAUCUGACUUGCAAUCUGAAUUAUUGUCACGUGACAUGUCCAAUAUUAAAAUAACAAUAAAAGGUGGCAGUAUUAAACUUUUUGAAAUAUUACGUGGUUCAAAUAUAUGGAGCCUGAGUCUGAGGACGGUUGAUAAUUUUUCAAAGGCAUCAGAGAGUAUCUACACGCUCAACAGAUUAACACAUCUUUAUUUGUGGGGUAACUUUACCGGCUUCUGUUAUCUAAAGUUCCCUUCCUCAAUUCAAUGUUUAAGUCUUCAUGUAUGCAAAUGUUCAUCUGAGUGGUUGUGCGGUUUAUUGAUCGGGCUCUCUUCAUUAGAUCAUCCUGUAGUAUGUCAGCUCUGGGAUGUUGUAGUUCAGUCAAUUGAAGAAUCAGUUGCAGAUGAUUCACGUUCAGAUGUACCUGACUUUCGCUCUGCACUAUUGUCAUGUGACUUAAAACAUAUCGAAGUAUUAGUUAAAAAAGGAAGUAUUCAACUCUUUGAAAUGUUACGUGAUUCAAGUAUAGGAAUUAUGAGUCUUAAAACGGCUGAGUGUGCCGCUUUAGCAUCAGACAUUCUUCACACUCUACGGAAGUUAUCAAAGCUUUCUUGUUGGGGGACCUACAAGGGUCGAUGUGAUCUCAAAUUGCCUGACUAUUUAAAAAGCAUAUCUUUGCAGAACGUUAAAUGCUCUACUGAGUGGUUGUGCAGCUUGUUGAUCAUACUGACCACAUUUGUUUUUCCUGUAACAUGUGAACUAUGGGAUGUUGUAUUGCUGCCAAGUGAAAACGCCCAUGCAGACAACACAAAUGUGUCCGACUUACAAACUGAAAUAUUGUCUCGUGACAUGUCUAAUAUUAAGAUAGAUGUGAACCAUUGCAGUGUGAAACUUUUUGAAAUAUUGCGUAGUUCAAGUAUAGGCAAACUGAACCUUAGAUCGGCUGAAUGGUGUACACAAUCAUCUGAUAUACUUAACACGCUCAGCAAAAUAACAGAGAUUAAUAUAUGGGGAACCUAUAUAGGACGUCUUAAUCUUAAGCUGCCUGCAUCAUUGCAAUAUUUAAAUCUGCAGAAAGUCGAAUGUUCGUCUGAGUGGUUGUGCAGCUUGUUGAUCACGCUCUCUUCAGUAGAUCAUCAUGUAGGUUGUACGCUUUGGGAUGUUGAAUUAAAGUCAAGUGAAAAACCAGUUCCAUAUGACUCACAUGUACAAGAACAUGACUUGCGAUCUGAAAAAUUGUCAUGUGACAUGUCCAAUAUCGAUAUAUUAGUAGACAAAUGCAAUAGAACACUCUUCCAAAUAUUUCGUGAAUCAAGUAUAGGAAUUCUGAGACUUAAAACGUCUGAGUGUGCGGAAUUAGCAUCAGAUAUUCUUCCAACUCUAAGCAAGCUGAAAAAGCUUUACAGUUGGGGGAUCUACACGGGUCCAUGUAAUCUCAAGUUACCUGCUUGUUUGCAAAUCAUAUCGCUGCAGAACGUCCGAUGCUCUACUGAGUGGCUGUGUAGCUUGAUGAUCACACUUACUGCCUCUGUUCAUCCGGUAACGUUUGAGCUGUGGGAUGUUGUAUUGCUGAAAAGUGAAAACGCCGAUGGUGAAAAUCUUCAUUUAUCUGACUUACAAUCUGAAAUAUUGUCACGUGAUCUGUCUAAUAUCAAGCCAGAUGUGACACAUUGCUGCAUGGAACUUUUUGAACUAUUACGUUGUUCAAGUGUAAGGAUACUGACCCUCAGAACGGCUGAAUGUCUUUUACAAGCAUCUGAUAUUCUUGGCACGCUCAGCCAAUUAACAGAACUUCAUAUAUGGGGAGCGUAUACCGGACGUCAUAAUCUCAAGCUUCCUGCUUCAUUGCAGUGUUUAAGACUGCAGAAGGUUGAAUGUUCAUCUGAGUGGUUGUGCAGUUUGUUGAUCUCGCUCUCUUCAAUAAAUCAUUCUCUAGAUUGUGCCUUUUGGGAUGUUGUAUUGCAGUCAGGUGAACAUGCAUGUGUCACAAGUUCAGAUAUACAAAUACCUGACUUUCGGUCUGAACUAUUGUUAUGUGACAUGUCAAAGAUCAUGAUUUUAGUAGAAAAGAGCAAUGUGGAACUGUUUAAACAAUUUCGCAAUACAAGUAUAGGGCGGCUAUGGCUGAAAACGGCUGAUUCUGUAACUUUUGCAUCAGAGAUUCUUCACACGCUCAACAAGUUAACGCAACUUAUUUUGUGUGGCACUUAUACGGGACGAUGUAAUCUCAAGCUGCCUGCUUCAUUGCAAUGUUUCUUAGUCCUAAAAUGCGAAUGUUCCAGUGAAUGGUUAUGCAGUUUGCUUAAAACCCUGUCUUCAUUAGAUCAUCCUGUAGAAUGUGAACUUUUUGAUGUUGUAUUACAGUCAGGUGAAUAUGCAUAUGACACUGGUUCAGAUAUACAAUUAUCUUACUUGAGGUCUGAGCUAUUGUUAUGUGAUAUGUCGAAGAUCACGAUAUAUGUGAAAAAUGGCACGGUUAAAAUGUUUGAACUAUUUCGAGACACAAAUUUAAGGAUCUUGAAACUGCAAACAGCUGAUUCGGCCUCAUUAGCAUCAGAAAUUCUUCACACGCUGAACAAGUUAACGCACCUUUAUUUUUUGGGCACCUAUUCGGGUCGGUGUCAUCUCCAGCUGCCUUCUUCUUUACAAUUUAUAUAUCUGCAGGAAAGUGAGUUGUCUACUGAGUGGUUGUGCAGUUUGUUGAUCAAGAUCUCUUCAUUAGAUCAUACUGUAUUGUGUCAUGUGGUGAAUGUGUUAUUAAAGCCAAGUGAAAGCAUAUUUUUGUCAAAUCCAGAUACACACGUUUACACAGACGAUUCAAUUGUUUCUGAUGUGCGGUCAGAAAUGAUGUCACGUGAUAUGGCGAAUAUUGAACUAGAAAUUACAAAUGGAAGUUGUGCUCUGUACGAAAUGUUGUGUGAUACAGGUAUAAGGAAUCUUUAUCUUGGCACCACAGAGGAUUUUUCAUUAGCUUCAACAAUUUUAUCUACUUUGACCAGAUUAAAAAACUUAUAUAUUUGGGGAACAUACAAUGAGCGAUUUGAGCACAGAUUUCCAACAUCACUAGAAGGCAUGAGUUUACAACAGGGCACAUGUUCAGAAGACUGGAUAUACGGUGUUUUAACCAGACUGUCAGCAUUACAGCAUAGCGUGAGGUUUUACUUGUUUGAAUGUUCUGUGUUAUUGAGUGGAGAAAACAGUGAAAUAUAUUCGAAACCGCCAAAAAUGAAAUGUGCAGAGUUAUCGAAUGUAAAAUUGGAGGUUAUGAAGGACUGUCCUGGGUUUUAUGAAAUGUUAUCAAAAAUCAACAUCACAAGUCUCAACAUGACGCAAAUAGAACACGCCAACAUUCUGGUAAAGACACUUCCUUUUCUAACACACUUGGAACAACUAAGAAUUUGUUUGGACAACUAUGAUGUUGAGAUGAGACUGCCAAUAUCUAUUAAGUAUGUGUUUAUAAUUUAUAAAACAUUUUCUCCAUUAUCGCUUAAACAUUUCAUCAAAAAUAUGUGUAAUAUCAAGCAUAGCGUACUGCUUAAACUAAUGUUCCGUCUUGAAGUGAAUAGUGAUGAAUAUACAUGUAUCAGGCAAGAAUUGAAUUCAGUGGAUACACUUGUGGUUCAGCAGUUUGAAGUUGUUGACAAACAGUUUGUUGUUGGUGGCGCUGCUACUGUAAAUCUCUCGGCUACUGCUGAUGAUGGCGAUGAUGAUGACGAUAAAACUUUAUUACGACGAGAGGGGGAUUAUGUAGAUUUGAAACCAUGGAUUACCUAUUGUAAAAUUCGACUUAACAUUUCAUGCUCAGAUAAUAAUUGCCCUCCUUUUUGAACCUUUGCAUUUUACAUUUUUUAAUAUAUUUGUUAUGUCUCCAUCUACAUGCGAUUUCCUAAAGAUUUUAGUGACACAAUAUCUGGGACAUUUAUAUUCACAACCCUUUCGCAACGUCUUUUACAAAAUAUGUUUUAACACAUAUGUAUUUAGAACGUUUCCUUCAUCGAUGGAAGACCCAUUUCCAACUAGAGAUUCGCAAGUGACACUGACCUCAUGGGUGGAAUCAGCAGUAAACCUCAAGAUCGCACCAACAGAUUCUAUGAAAGAGCACGAGCACACUGUAUGAAGGUUAGCACGGAGAAGUCGAAGAUCAUGGUAAACAGCACGACCAACACCAGUGCAGACAUCAGUAUGAGCGGCGAGAAGCUAGAAGUGACCAGGUUUAAGUUCUUGGACGCAACCCUGUCCAAGGAUGGUACCAGUUCCGCUGAGGUCCGAAUAACAAGUGUCAUGACGACUGCAACGAUGGUCAAACUGAGCAGGUUGUGGACGAGAAGUUCCAACAGCUUCCCAACAUAGUACAAGAUCUACAAGUCCCUCGUAUUCUCCAUCGUUGUCGUUCUCUACGGCUGCGAUACAUAGACGCUUCACGCAAACACAGAACACAGGAUACAGUCAUUUUAAGAUAAAUGUCUCCGAAGACUGCUUUGCUUCUCCUACACGGAGCACAAGACCAACGAGUACGUCCGGAACAUGACUGCAACACGUGUUGGUCGACAAGAGUCAAACGACGAAAGCUGACUUAGUUUAGAAACGUCACCAGGCACUACUCUCUGUGCAAGCUGUUCUCCUGGGCACGUUAUUGGGAGGUCGAUGUCGAGGCCGUCAGAAAAAGCUGGAUGGACAAUGUGGAAGAGAGGACAUUCCUUCCCAUGGAUGAAUUACUCUCAGCAGCACACAGCAGACCUGACUGGAUUAUGACUUCUGUAUCGUCGUCCCGCAGGAUCAACCGACCUUGUAAGAAUGACCGAACCACCAAGUCAGCAAGAUUAAGUACACACACCCGGUGCUCAGCCAACCAAAUCACAAGCGCCCACCCACUAAGUCAGCAGGAUUAACACACCAAGUCAGAUUCACCGAACCACCAAGUCAUCAGCGCCAACCCACUAACAAAGCAGCGUCCACCUGACGUCACCCAAUAAGUAGAACGUUCGAAACCCAUCAAAUCAGAAGCUAAAAUCCACCAAGCGAAACGUGCAAACCCAUCAAGUCAGCAGCGCAAACACACCAAGUUGGCAGUGCCAACCAAAUACGUCACCAGCGCAAACCAACAAAUUUACCAGAGUCAGCCAUGGUCGGCAACAUAGGCCAACCAUUCAGCAAAACCUGGUCAUCAUCGGUAGUCUCAAAGACAGCAAAAUAAAUAUUGCUCAUUGUUAUAAUUACUAUGAUUUGAUGGAUUGCCAAGACAUAUGCGUUAACAGCGAAUUUGAAUUUUAAACGAUAUUCCAAACUUAUAAUCGCAAACAACCAUUAUUAUCGCGGUUAAAGAAUUCAGCACCGCUAACCAUGACCAUCAUUAUUGUUCGCCUAGCAGCAUUUUCAAAGCUAUUCCUCACACGAUGUCACCUAGUCACCAGCGCGAAACAGAUUCUUCUGCUCGGUUCACAACUACAACUAAGCAAGAAAUUGUCAUCAGCGCGUAUCACCUGGUCCGAAACAUAUUUCAAGUCAUACAAUUAUCUACAAAUCAUGCUUGUAAUUUCUAGUGACUAAGUCAGGAGCGCAAAUUGUGAUCAUCACCCGAACCGCAAAGUUUGCAGAACACAACAUGUUCAUUUAUGGCAAUCAUCACAGAAUACAAAAGUGGGAGUUAAAUUAUAAGUCAUCAUUACGGGUCGCACAGUAAGAAAUGACGUAAUGAACAUAAUUGCCCGUCUCCAAGACAGCAGCGUAAAGUAUGACAAUCAUCGCGUCUCACAAAGUAAGCAGCGCCGAUCAUUGUCAUUAUGGGUUCGCCUCUUCCGUAGAGAAACUUUGUGGAAUUUUAUCGCCGACUACCCAAAUCUGGAGCACAGACAAUUCAUCAUUGCGCGUAAUCUGGUCAUCAGCUUGAAAUAUUUACACGGACAGCAUGGGGUACUUCUUGUAGACGGUAUCACAGAGCGAAACGAUCAUCAUCCAGUUAUGUUUAACAGAUGAUUGCGCUGUGUGUCCCAACUGAUCGCAAUGAUGUUUUAACACUGUUGGAAUCUCUGCUGCUGCUACUGAUGAUGGUUGCGGUAGUGCCAGUGCCUCUGGUAAUGUUGCUACUGGAGCUUGGAUGAGAUCUCACUUUUGCUGUUCAAGCUGCUGCUUUCGAUGAUUGUGGUAUUGAUAUUGAUUGUGGCGUCGUCAAAGUCGGCGGUGCUACUUGCAGUGAUGCUAAUGACGGUGUGAUUGUCACUAAAAUUGUUGCUUAUGUUGUUGUUAAUACAUUAUCUUUUUUUCUACUGAAAUGAUGUUAUGCGUGCACGCUGGUGGCGUUGUGUUAACGACUGCAACUUAGAUGAAUAAGAAGACUUUUUUUAUUCAAACAAGCACUUGUUAAGUUUAAACUUUUAUUCAGCUAAGAAAUUAUAAUUAAAAUAACUAUCGUUAAAUAUAUAUAUGUAAAGCACUUAAAUCAUCGAAAAGUCCCAAAUAUCUUCGAAAAUGCAUCGCUAUCUUUCCAUAAUAAGAAUGCCACAGUAAGCUAUUCGUCAUAGCGCAUUCUGAUACAGAAUUUUCAAAUGAUUUUUUAGAUGAUCUGGAAUUACUUACCAUGAACUCACCAAGGUUUUCAGAUGUUCAUGGAUUGCUAGUUGUGAUGUGUUUUGUUCAAUAUAUGCUCUUCUUCCAUGCAAAAAUUUUCAUCUUUGACACUCUUUAGAGCAGCUCUGACACUCAAAUGUCAGCAUCUUGUCCAAAACAGACCUCAGUAUCCAACGGUGUAUGGUCAAGUAGAAACCUUGUUUAUGUCAACUGAAGCCUGUACGACAUAAUCAAGUCAAGUUUGCUGAUCAUGAGUGAACAAUUAUACGAACAAUUACUUAUACAUAAAGCAGUCGUGUGGAUCAAUAGCAAAUUAAUUUAGCACAGUGCAUUAUUUUUUCAUUUAGAGCCAGUUCCAUAAUUACCAGUUGAAAAAUAUAACGGAUGUAACAAUUUCUUAAUCAUAAUUCUUACGGUGUCUCUCAACAACAUACAUGCUUAUGAAGGUCAUCAAAAUAAAACGGAUAAAAUAGACAUGAAUAAUUUAUUUUAUGUGUAGUCUUUAAUUUUACAAUUAUGUGUUUUUAGUACUGUUUGGCAAGAUGCAUAUACUUUAACCUACUGCGGUGGCAUACGGUUUGUCCAGCGGAGUACAACUCUGCUGCAAGAAAGAAAUGAAAGGAAUAGAAAAAUGGCUCUCAACGAUUUUUGACUCAAACAAUGCGACAUAGUUCCCGAAAUAGAUUUUUUUAAGUAUAAAACACGUACAGCUUAAUAUAUAUUUAUAUACUUCUUAAGUAAAUGAAUAAACAUUGGUAAAAAAUAUUUAGAUUGUGAUCUAGCUUCUGUAACAAAAAAAAUGUUCGUCAUUGACCAUUCGUGAAUAUAUUGUGUUGUAAUAUGUGUGUACUUAUGGGAUUUAAGCCUAUAUAUAUUAUUUGUUAAGUCUUUGUUUAGGCGAGCUGUGUAUGAAAAGAUAAGUUAUUUAAUAUGCACUAUUUUUGUUAAACAAAUGUAUCCACAGAGUGUGCAUUUAAAAUACUAAUGUAUGCUUAAUUUAUGUCUAUACUGUUAAGACAUUGAUUUAACAAACGAAAUUGUUAUGUUGAUUAUGAUUGUAAAACAUUAUUAUAUGUUGUGUACAAUCUUAACCAGUAGUGUAGUUUUUGAAUGUUUUAUAUUGACGAAAUUUUAGGAGUUCAUGAACUAUGAAAAUCUACAGGCAUUGAUGUUAUUAUUAUGAAUUUACAUCUUUGUUUGUUCAAAGUUGUAGAUACAUGAUUCACCGAGGUUGUAAUUGUUCAAAUAUAAUAUAUACUUUCAUUACAUGUGUACAUAUUUUAUGCCACUGAUGUAAGCCAUAGCGUGUUCUCAUCGUCCGUUGUUCCAUCUUUCCGUAAUUGUGUCCCCCAUCUGUCACGCAAUUUAUGAGGAGUAUUCAAGUGAUUUAAAUAAAACUUCCUUUUAUUGUAUCGGGCUUUCAGUGGGAAUGCAGUGUACAAGAACCAUAAAUCUCUCUUCAUGAGUUAAUCAUAAGAUUUAAUGUCAUCCAGUCGUUUUUAUUGUGCGGAGCAUAUCUCCUUUAAAGGUAUAUGAAUAAAUUAAGGUGAUCUCCUGUGCGACCACUACUGUGCGACCAUCAAAAUAGUGGUUUAAUUCCUAAAACUUUAUCCAGGGUAACUAUCGAAACGCAAUAUUUUGUUUUUAUCAUUCACUCUAAGCGUUAAGAGCCACCUAUAUACUAUCGCAGUACUCGCUUGCCUGUUAACGGCGAAAUAACUAAGGCGAUUUAAAGCAUCCGAUUUUAUUCUCUGACAAAAAAAUCAGAACACUCACUCAAUAAUAUCCUAAACAAUACAUUUAUAAAUUGGAAUGCACACGCUAUAAUAUUAUAUAUUUUAAAAUUUUAAUAAGUAAACAGCAGAUAACGCACUGAAAAGAUGGUAUGCGAGUGAUUUAACGCGAAUUGUCCAUUUGCGUCUCGCGACGUCAUUGUUAGUGGACUCAAUCUGUCAAGGUAGCCGAGCGUGGCCCUUAACUAUUAUUUCAAGGCAUAUGCAAUGUGGCAUAGCUGCAAUAGAAACACAGUGGUGUUCAUUAUUUGGUGAACACGUGAUACGAAUUGUUACCAGUUGAUAUGUAUAUGAAAGAUAUGCUAUCAUGAUUUCUGCUUGCCAAUCAAUUUUAUGUUGAUUCAUAAGAACGGCUAAAGGAAUCAUAUUUGUUAGCAAUUUGCUUAAAUGCAUUUAUAACUUUGUUUUAUCAAAGAUUUUAAUAUAAUGUGCAAGUCAUGCUAGUUGUAAUAAAUAUGUACAAAUAAGCUUCUUUUUCUAAAACUAUAGAGGACGUUAGGGGGAGUACAACAAUCAUAAGGCUCUUAUUAUUGUUCUGUAUUUAUUGACCUUCGCUGAUCUUGUUAAGGUCUGUUUGUCGUGGGGAGCAUAACUCAGCAAGUAUUGAACGCAUUUAAAUGAACUUUAACACAAUGAUACAUAGCUAUAAAAGAUCAAAGCGCUUAAGACACAGCGCUCGUUCGCUUUUGUGUAAAAAAAAAGUGCAUUGAAGUACCGCACUUUGUUAAAAACAAAAAGUGUUAUUUUUUUGUUAAAAAAGUUGAAGUUGUAUAUAUUAAUAGUCAAUCGAAAGGAUAUAGUCAUUUCGAACAUUAUAUUAUUAUCAUCAUAGUUGUAUUCAUCAUCGUAAGGGUCAUUAUUAUUAUUAUUUAUUUUCAUAUUUAGAAUAUUUCUUGCAGAAAUUUCUCAAAGCAAACAGCGCAGACCCUGAUGAGAUGACCUCAUCUGGCUCUACUCUGUUUGCCAAUGCCUUUUUUCUAGACGCUAGGCAUAAAUGGGUUAACAUCAGCAUAAUAAACAGCAUUUUCUUAUCACCACAAUAUAAUUAUUGCAAUCAUCGGUUGAAACAUGAGAUAAGGAUUCUCAUUAUGUUGUGGUAUAUAGUGUAUAUACAAUUAAUUAUCGUAACAUUAUUAUAUUAUGAUGACGAUUAAAUUGAUUACGACGAUAAAAUCUUAAUGAAGAAGACGAUGAAGAUAAAUAUUGUGAUUGUAGUA